AUGGCCAUAUGGAAGAGAUUGGGAAAUCGCCUCCAUCGUACCAAUAACGGUGGAAAUGAGGAAGAAAUAACUCCACCACCUGCGCAAAGCGGUGCAACGGGUGCCACUGCACCUGUUGAAGCCCCCGCCACUCCCACUCCCGGGAGUCAAAAACGGAGACGUGGAGAGGAGGAUGGUGCCGACAACGAUGACCCUCCUGCCGAAGGUAGUCCCUCUAAGAAAUCAAGUAUUGAAAGACAAUUAAGCAGAGCUCGCAGCAGUCUAAGUGAAAGGCAGUCAGCGGGCACAUCGACACAUCUUCAUGCGACCCCCAGAACUCCUCGCAUGCGGUGGAGUAGGGCUUCCGCGUCUGUGUCCGCAUCUUUAAAUACAGACAUGAUCCCCAUACUACAAUCAACACCUAAAAGGCACGAAAUCGAUGCCUUCGAACGGGAGGGUUUAAAAUAUGAAAACUGGAUGGCCAACAACGACCAAUCCGAGGGUGAACCUGGAGUAUCCCAUUCAACACUAACUGUUCACAGUCUAACCCAUGGAACUCCCCGGAAUGCGGCCUUCUUUAAUAUAUGGAAAACCUCGUUCUGUCCCCCACCGACCGAAAUCAUGUUGGGUCUUGAAUCGACUAAUCUCCCAGGGGAUCCGGCAGAGAGUCGUUACCGUUAUUCAAUUCUGCAGAAUGACAGAUUGACCAAGGUGUCUUCUUACGAGCAUUAUUCCGUAAGGGGUGCUAUCAUUGCUAAGAAAAUUUCCAGAGGGGUGGGACCCUAUUGGAAUGACAUUGCUCUAGCUUUGUACAAAUACGACGCCGAUAUCGAUACACUCCGACAUGUUUUCAUGUUGCAUGUUAAGAAUGAUGAGACCCUCCCCUUGGUCGGGAAGGUGCUCUACAGAAAGCCUGAACUCUCGGCGGGUCCUGACGAUAGAUCUGCGGCUCCAAGAACCCACACUUGGGAAAGGGGCACUCCGGAUUUUCAGUGCAUCCUAGGGACACAGCUGGGGAGGGCAGUGGGUCGUCUUGUUCUAGCAGCUUGGCCCGUUGGCACGCAUCAGAUCUCUCAAAUCCUCACUUGGUUUAUAGGAGGCAAGCUACAUAUGCGGUUUGAUAUUGAACAGAUCGGUUCAGCUGGUGCCUCUGGUUCAGGUCGUGCCUCUGGUUCAGGUCGUGCCUCUGGUUCAGGUCAUGCCUCUGGUUCAGGUUAUGCCUCCGGUUCAGGUCAUGCCUCUGGUUCAGGUUAUGCUUCUGGUUCACGUCGUGCUCGCAAGUAG